AUGUCUUCCAUCGUCAACAAGGUCAAGGAGGCUCUGCACUCCGACAAGGACAACAAGCAGACUCACGAUACCACCACCGGCACCCACAACUCUCGCCUGAACGAGCCCCGUGUUGACGCUCAGCACGAUGCCCGCACAUCGGCCCUGCACUCGGGCACCACUGGCACCGCCGGCACCGCUGGCUACACCGCCAGCGACAACUACGCCACCGGCCCUGCCUCCAGCACCGCCGGCCCUCACUCUUCCAACAUCGCCAACAAGGCCGACCCUCGUGUCGACUCUGACCUAGACGGCCGCAACCGUGUUGGUGGUGCCGGAGUCGUUGGUGGUGAUGCCACGCACAGCCGUACCACCGGACCUGCUUCCAGCACUGCUGGCCCUCACUCCUCCAACAUUGCCAACAAGGCCGAUCCCCGUAUCGACUCCGACCGUGACAGCCGCAACCGCGUUGGCGGUGCCGGUGCCGGUAGCGGUUUUGGUGCCGGUACCGGUAGCGGUUUUGGUGCUGGUGUCGGCGCUGGUGAUGCCACGCAUAGCUACACCACCGGCCCGGCCUCCAACACUACUGGUCCUCACUCCUCCGACAUUGCCAACAAGGCUGACCCUCGCGUCGAAUCUGACCUCGGCAGCCGCAACCGCGUUGGUGGCACUACCGGCGCCACUUCCGGCUACUCUACCGGCCCCGCUUCCAACACCGCCGGCCCUCACUCCUCCGACAUCGCCAACAAGGCUGACCCCCGCGUCGACUCUGACCUGGAUGGCCGCUCCGGUGGCUACAACACCCGCAGCGCUGCUGCUGCUGGUGCGACCGGCGGCGUCACCGGCAGCCAGGCCCUCCACGGCCAGCAGUACAACACCACGACCGGCAGCGGUGGUCUCGACACUACAGGCUCUGGCCUGAACACCACCACCGGAACCUCUGGCGCUGGCUACGGAACCGGCAACACCCUUGGUAGCACCGGCACCCACGGUGCUGCCGGCACUCACCACGGUCACCACAGCGGUGUCGCCGGCACCACCGGCCACACUGGUCCCCACGGAACUGGCGCCACCACUGGCCUCACUGGCACUACUGGCACCACGGGCCUCACUGGCACCACUGGCACCACUGGGCACACCGGCCCUCACGGAACUGCUGGCCACCACACCUCUGGCGUGACCGGCACUCACGGUACUACUGGCACCCACGGUACUACUGGCACCCACGGUACUGCUGGCCACCACACCUCCGGCGUCGCUGGUACUACCGGUACUACCGGUCACCACAGCACCACCGGCCAGCACGGUACCUCCGGAUCCACCGUCGGCGGCGGCCUCAACACCACCCCUGGACCCGCGCCCAACACCGCCGGUCCUCACAAGUCCGACAUGCUGAACAAGGCUGAUCCCCGCGUCGACAGCGAUCUCGAUGGCAGCAAGACCGUCGGCGGCAACAACACCACCAGAAAGGAUCCCACGGACGCGGCGCAGGUACCUCCCUCGGUUCUCCAGAAGCACAUCGGCCCCCCCACCGUUGAACACGACGACGCCUCGCAUGACCGCGAGCGCCGCCACAGCGCAGCCCACCGCGAGACGCACAGCGGUCUGUAA